UCGCAGCCAUCCUCAUCAGCUUCGAGCGCCAUUCCGACUGGCAGUCGAAGGAAGUCAAAAUUCGGCCGAAGAGCGGAUCGAUGUUGCUGUACAGUCGCAAGAAGGUGCGGUACCGACGGGACGGAUACUGCUGGAAGAAGCGGAAGGACGGCAAGACCACGCGGGAGGACCACAUGAAGCUCAAGGUGCAAGGGACCGAGUGUAUAUACGGAUGCUACGUUCAUUCUGCCAUCCUACCGACGUUUCAUAGACGAUGUUACUGGCUUCUUCAGAACCCAGACAUCGUGCUGGUCCACUACCUGAAUGUGCCGUAUCCUGACGACAACAAGCUGGCUGUGAUCACACCCUCGUUGGCCCUCUGGGGUGACAAGAAGGAGUGGACUAAGGAGGAGCUGGUCAGCCAGCUGAAGCCGAUGUGUGAGUCUGGAGCCCCCUCCUACUCUUCUGUCUACAGUGAGGAUGAACCUGAUUUAAACAACGAGCUGGAAAUUUCAACUGCCGAGACGGUGGAGGCCAUCGUGUCACAACUGAUGGAGAAGCAGCGCUCUGCACGGGCGGCCGCGCUCAACAAACAACUGGAGUGCGGUUGUCCGGACAACUCCUGCGGGGACUCCAAGUCCUGCUCCCAGCCCAUCCGCCGGAUAUCUGCCGCCCAGCCUCCUAACAACCAGGUGUCGUCAACGACGAUGCUAAACCAUCAUCACAGUAACGGAAGAGUGAUGUCAGUAGCUCAGCCGCAGCAGAGGACAAUGACUCUGCAUCAUCCUCAUCUCGGACAUCACAGUGCUGUUACGUCCAACGCUCAGGUGAGCUCCAAUACAAGCCAGCAGCAGGUGUCCACCGCUCAGACCUCUGGUUCCCCACUGGUCCUCAGCCUGUCCCAGAUCCAGGGCUCUGGAGGUCUGCUCAUUCUCAACUCCGGGGGAUCCAGUCCCACACCCAGCCCCGCUGUCUUCCGCCCCCACUCCAAGGUCAUCCUCAAGCAAGAAGCCAUGGAGAUGGAAGUGGUCAACUCGUGUCACAUGAUGAGCUCAGCACAGCAACACCGGCUGAGUGAGCCGUCCCAACCGUCCCACCGUAACAGCCAACCGCAGCUCAACAACCCUCCUCAGCAAGCUCCCAGUCAGCCGGAGAAGAUGGACAUCAGCAACGGCAACAUCCUGCUGACGGGAGGAGACUACGAUCGUAGUUAUUCCCGGCGCCGGGAGUCCGCCAAGGAACAGGAGCGACAGAAGCAACACGAGGCUGGUUCGGAGAUGCUGGUGGACGUCAAGCCCUUCGGCAUGCACCACUCCGACAGUCUGAGCUCGAAAGAGUCGCUGUCGAGCAAUCAGUUCUUCAACGAGACUCUGGACCUGUCGCAGGAGGAUAUACAACAGACGCUGUCCGCCAACAUGCCCAUGACUUGCGGCACCCCCGAGUCACAACACAGUUUUAUGUCUAACGAUUGUGACACCCCUAGUUACAAAACCCGUCAACUCCAUUUUAGCAAGUUUUCCGGGACUGACAAAAAUGUAUCUUGGUUUGAAAAAACCCAUCUGGGUCGGAGGGACCGCAGCAGUCACAAUAAACGGGACGAGACAGAGUCGGACGUGUUAGUCUCUGGUAUUAAUCCCAUGGAGUUUAUCGAUGUCGCCUGCUCGCCUCCUUCUGCCAUGGACGACGACGUCUUCGUCAACCUGGAUGCCUUUGACAUGCUCGGGGACUUCCCAGAACUGGAGGUGCUGGACUCCAACAGCGGUAACAACAUCGUGGAGCUGAGUGAUCAGGAGCAGGACAGUUCCCAGGAGAAGAACAGCCCUGGGCAGCCUCAGACUGACCUCGAGUACCGAGAGGGUUCGGCCAACAUCACCGACUACUCACCAGAGUGGGCGUACCCUGAGGGUGGCGUGAAGGUGCUUGUGACGGGACCCUGGUACUCCACCACCUCUCCGUACACUGUACUGUUUGACUCCUUCCCUGUGCCCACCACUCUGGUGCAAUCUGGAGUGUUACGGUGUUACUGUCCAGCACACGAGGUAGGCCUGGCCACACUGCAGGUUGCGUGUCAGGGCUUCGUCAUCUCUAACUCUGCCAUGUUUGAGUACAAGACACCACCGAGGGAGCAGCAGGGUGUGAAGGACACAGUCACCAACCCCAAUGAUAACUUGCUCAAGUUCACCCUUCUCCAGCGGCUGGAGGCCAUGGACGAAAGGCUGGAGAUCAAACAGGAGCCGGACACUGGACAUGACUUUGUGGAAGGCAAUCAGCUGUUUAAACAGAAGAACCUGGAGGAGAGGCUGGUCUACAAGUGUCAGGGCCUCAGUCGCCGAGCGUGGCGUAACGACGUGGAAGACACGAGGGUCACAUGGUGCUCGACACACCGCAGCAUGACUCUGCUACACCUCGCGGCGUCUCUCGGCUACACCAAGCUGGUCUGUGCCAUGCUGCACUGGCGUGCCGAGAACUCCUCACUCCUGCUGGAAACCGAAGUGGACGCCCUCAGUCAAGACGAUGACGGCAACACCCCUCUUAUGUGGGCGUGCCUGAGGGGACACACACAGACGGCACUGUUGCUCUACCAGUGGAACAGCACAGCUCUGUCCGUCACCAACAGCCAGCGACAGUCUCCCCUGGACCUGGCCCGAGCCAACAGACACCACGGGCUGGUGGAACAGUUACGAGCAGUGCAUCGUGACAAGGCCAACAUAUCACAACCAGAAUCGAUAACGGAAGACAGCAUCCGAGAUGAGACAGAUCUCGGAGUUUCCACUGCCAAAGACGAAGGGAUCUUCCUCCGACCGGGCGCAGUGCCGAGGAAUGAAGCACAGAAGUACAAAUUGCUCAGCUUAUAUGUAAACAUUCCAUCUACCAACAACUCAGUGCCUGCUGUGUCGAGCUCCACUCCCAGCCCAAACACAGUGAACAACAACAGUAACAAUACUAACAACAACAACAACCAGAGUGCCAACAACAAGUCCCAUGGUACACAGACGACAACAACGACAAGAGACAACAUGUUGUCAGGUUCAGAGCCAACCCUCAAGUCAGGACGUCAGAGUCCUGCACACCCGCGGCCCACCAAACACAGGAGUCACCGGGACUCUACUAAACUAUCUAGGUUUGAGCGCAGCAUGUCCUUGCCCCUCAGUUCUCCCCACUCCGGCACCGACUCUGCCUACGACAGCGACAUUGUCCACUCUCCGCCCCGUAGGAUGGACUUUGCCCUCUGGGAACAAGAGGUGCGAGUGCUGACAUUGGCAGAACAAAUCAUCGCAGCCAUGCCCGACAGGAUCAAGAAUGAGAGCGAGGACAUGAUGCUGCUGCUCAGCAAUCAGUCUGUUGAGGUGAUGGAGUCUCCCCUACUCCUGGACGAGCCACCCUCCUCAUCAUCCUCCUGCUGCUUCGACACAAACAACGAGUUCAACUUCGACCAUAACUACAGGUAUUACGACGUGAGCACGCCUAGCUCCAGUCUGAGCCCAGCCUCGUCUAGUUGCCUCCCCUCCCCCUCUCCGUCCUCGUUCGCCCUCCCCGACUCCCCCUCUCCACCCCCCACCACUGCCGACUUCUGUGAGUUCUUCCACGCCUCCUCCAACAGUCUCUUCUUCGAGAAGGACUUCUCCAAUUUGACACUGUCCGAUCGGGAGCAGAGGGAGCUGUACGAGGCAGCUAAGAUCAUCCAGAAGGCGUACCGCUCGUACAAGGGCCGCAAGAAGCUGGAGGAGCAGGACAAAGAGCGUGCAGCUGCCAUCUUGAUACAGAACUACUAUCGCAGAUAUAAACAGUACGCCUACUUCAAGCAGAUGACUCGAGCGGCGAUGGUGAUACAAAACGGUUUCCGCUCGUACUGUGAGCACAAGAGGUUCAAGAAGAACCAAGAGGCAGCGGUGAGGAUACAGAACUACUAUCGCAACUACAGGGAUCAGGGGAGAGCAGGGGAGUCCACCCCACCCACUGGCCUCAAGCGGACAUAUUCUCAGAGGAGACAGCACCAAGCUGCACGCAAGAUCCAACAGUUUAUGAGACAAUCCAAGAACAAGUUACAGAGAGAACGAGCAGAAAGAGAGAGGCAGGUGGCCCUAUGUCUCAAGGAUGCCCCUCAAAAGUCAUCCUAUCCAGACAGUUCACUUUCCAUAGAACAAAAUAACAGUUUCAGAGCCGCUAACGAUACAGACAGCCCCGGCUGAGCUGGCUACAUGUCUGACCGUCUGUCUGUCUUCGUUCGCUGCUCUCGCCCCUGCCCAGUGCAACAAUCAACAAGCAAUGAUCUUUACCUUUACAAUCUUCUAGCAUCGUAUCUGCUUAAUGUUACGAUAUGUAUCACUUUACGUUCGCUGCCAGUCGUUAUCCGGUUGCAGAGAAACAUCGUAUGGUGCUAAGACAUGUUUUCUCACAGUUGUUAUGUUUGUUCACUACAAUAACUGUGUUAUGUCUUAUUCGAGUAUUUCAGCUCAGUUCUGCUCCAGCCUGCAAGUGUUUAUAAACGCUGUCACUGCAAUCUUAAUAAUUAAAUCAUUUAACUGUUAUAAAAGUGUAACACUUAAUAAACCUAAUGUUGUGGAAAGUUCACUUAUUUGCCAACACGUUAACCUUCUGCACUCACAGAUUGGUUGUCCAGGCUUACCAACUUCGCAAAACGUUAUUUUUUCAGUUAGUAUGAAUUCUUACAAAUUAUAACACUUCAGCAGUAAUAUUUCCUUAUCACGUGGGAGAUAUUUUUUAUCUUAAGGAAUAAAUUUCUUAAUAAAUAUUUAAUAAUUUAGAUUCUUACAAUUGUAAAUAGAUAUGAUCUACUUGAAAGAAAACCAUGUAUUAAAUAGAUGAACUUUAUAAGGGUUUAGUUUUUAUAAUCAUGAAUUAUCUGCAUGAACAAAUAUAUCUUAAUAAGAACUUUACCAGAUAGCACAAAAAGGCAGAUUACCAUAGUACAUUUUCUGUUCCUUUAUUUUGGUAAAAACGUUGUUUAUAACUUGUUAAAUUUUUAUAUAACGCUGAAAACUUUUGAUACUAAAACACGAUUCUGUGCUAAUGAGUAGAUCUUUGUGGUUGUAGAGGUGACUGAAAUAGAAAAUUGUGUCAGCAGGACCCAUCCGAGUGCAAAAGGUUAAUGUUUGAAAAAUAAGUAGACUAUUAAAACAUAAAUUAAUUCAAUUGUUGCUGUUCAAAAGAGCUCUAUUCUUUUCCCAAUACAUUAUAGAAUACAACUGUUAUAUGUAGAUCAUAAAACAGUUGUGGACAUUUUGGCCUACUUGAUAAAAGCACAGUAAUAGUAACUGUGAAAAUAAAAAAAGAUUUAAAGAGUUCUACUAAAAAACUUGUUCUAGUACAGUUUGUAGAUUCAUUGAUCGAAGUGCACGCCAAUUCAGAUUCCGGAAAUCAAGGAAACGUUUUUUAAGUUUCAUUUUCUAGAAAGACAACAAUGGUCACAGUGGAAGCAGCAAGGGCAAAUAUAAGGGGGGCUGCCCCCUUCGAAAUUUUGAAAGACAAACAUUAAAAUUGCACCCUGUCUGUUUUAAGCUUGAAAACAUUUAUGAGGUCUUAAAGCUCAAACUUUUCUGGGGGAAGAUUCCUGAACCCCCGUUUUUGGAGGGUAUUUUAUACUUCAUAAACACUCACUGUGUCAUUGUACCCCCCCCCCCCGAAAUUAUUUCUAAAUACGCCCCUGGGAACAGGAAAUAAACACUGUACAUUACUAGUUGCAGUUACUCAGUUAAAAAAAACAAGUUGUGCAUACAAAUUAAAACCCAACCGAUUUUAAGAACUUGGUAUAACCCUUACAAGCCAGAGUCAGCAAUCUACUUUGUAUUAUAUACUUACAUACUUUCUUAUUCCUAUGGCCACUAGAAACCCCACUGGGAUUGGCCUCACUAACAAUGCGUCUCCACACUCUUCUGUGUUGGCUUAUCCACAGAUCUUGUUCCAUCUUCCUCAGGUCUGCUCUUGUCUCAUCUCCCAUCUCAUGUUUGGUCUUCCUCUUCGUCUCAUUCUCUAUGGUCUUCCUUCUCACACUUUUAAAACGACUCCUCACUUCUAUUAACAUGGCUCAGCCGUUUUAAUCUUCUGCUUCUUAGAAGAGAACUACAUCUGGCUCCGGGUACAAGUCUCUUAGCUCCCAAUUUUUCCUAAUUUCCCUUUCUCUUUUGCUCUUGGAAAGAGCCAAAAAUUCUUCUAAAUGUUUUGUUUUCGAGAACCAUUAAUUUUUUCUGGGAUUCUUUUUUAUAGUGGCAUAUUCGACUUCUUCACUGUCAUCCGUACUUCUCUGAGAAUUCUAUGAUAACAUAUUACAAAGCUUACUUGCCUAACUAUAGUGCACUUACUUACAAGACAAAAUCCAAAUCCCAAAAGUAAAUCAAUCAUUAUUCGUAAAUAUAUUGAGUAUAGCGAUGGUGUCAAGUAAUGUUAGAGCGUUAGAAUUGAGUGAUAAAAUAAAAGUUAAAGUAUAACAUGCGUCUUCACUGUUGUUCUGCAAUCCAGACAGUCCUGGAUUGAAUAUACUGUUUGUUCUGAGAGCCAGCUAGAGUUUUUAGAUUCUUCUCUGGUAACUUCUGGAAAUCAGUUGUAGAAGGCAGGUCUUCGAUAGGAGACUUCUUCUCAAAUAGACACAGAUGAUGAGUGAUUAGGUGCAGUAUAAAGAUAUGCCUAUUGUGCUGUAAAUCUUUUGGUCUCCUAAUUUGGCUUGAUCUGUCUUUACUAUAUGCAGAACUGGUUUUACGAUCUGCAGGACAGCUACUGUCAAUAUCUUGAGUUUGUCGAAGGCUUCUCUGCAGAUUGGUCUUAGUUCUAUUAGUGUGACCCAUUUCGGAAUGACUAGUACUCUGAAGCUUGAGGUGCUUGACCCACUCCAGACCACUAAACUAUCAUAGGCGACUUUCAAAUUAAGAUUAGUAGACAGUAAAUGCUUCAACUUCAUAUUAAUUAGCAUAACAUCUUAAUUAGGGUUUUUUACAAAAUUGAAACACUGGUGUAAAGAAUUAUCCCAAAAUAUGUCAAAAACAUCUAGCAUCACGUAUGGUUCCCAGGUAUUAAUAAAUAUAAUACUCUUCCCAUCAGCCCAAAAACUGGUUGUUUAUAUUCAGGAGGAGAUUGUAAUCUAUAGUUUCAAAUUAUGUAUUAAAAAAAAAUGUUAGAACUAAAAAAUGCAAUUUUCAAUGUCUUCACCAUUGUAAAAUAAAAUAAAAUAAACUUUCUAUAUUUAGGUUUGAAAAUUUGAUUCUUUAAAGAUUCAAGAGGAUUGUGUAAUAUAAAUAAUAAAUAUAUCUUAAAUUUAUCUCAGGUUUCAUGGGAAGAAACCAAUUAUAUUCACUGUAAAAAUAAAUAAGAAAAUAGGUUAUAUUACCCUACCCCUUGUGUAACAUAACCUCAAUCCUAACUCACUGCUGAAUUACGUUCAGGAUUUGAAACAGAAUUAUUUAUUCCAGCUAGGCACCAUAGUAACACAUCGGUUUCUUCAGUAGCCUUUCUGUUGCCACUGUGGCCACCCUAGUGAACAACACAGAUUAUUUCUAGCACCGAUUUUAGUGGUCUGACCAUCAUGCUCUGGUCACACCGUAAUAAUAUGCAGAAGACAUCAAAAGCGAACUUGCAAACUGGAACCAGCACGUGAGUGAAUUCAGAAACCACGAAACAGAUUCAGUUCGAGAGAUGACGCUGAAUAGUUACAGUUUUGGUGUGUUUAUUUUCCAAACUGGUAUUAGUUUAUUGGGAUGGUUAUGUUUUAGAUUUAGGUAGAAAGCUAUGAUUCGUUGUUACAAAAAAUAAAUGACAUAUUUUUAUUAAGUUAAGUUGGUCGGCCUGUUUGUUGGUGUGAUCACGUGUUCAAGAUCGUAUUUUUGAUACAAAUGGUUCGAAUUUAGGUAACGUACAUUUAGUUGGUCAACUAUUAAGUAGGUUUUAGGUAUCUCACAAGUUUGCCAUUGUACUAGAUCGGUCUCCAGACUUAUAGCGAAAGUCCUUUUACAUGUUUACGAAACUGUCAAAACCGAAGUGUUAGGAAUUUAUCAGUUCGGAACUUAUUUGCACGAUCAUUUACAGUUGAUGCUCGUGGAAUUCCCUUGUGUGUUUUCUUUAUCAAGUUAGUGUAGUUUUUUUUCAAGGUUUACUGGGUUUUGUGAAGCAGUACAUCCAAGCAUCUGAUAAAACAUAAAUUUCACCAUUGAAAAGACAAUCAGUUUCACCAAGAGAAGUGCAGUUACAAUGUUAUUGUUUCAUAAAUUGUCUAUUGGAUAUUUGUCAACUUACCAACUAGGCCUAUUUUAUAAUUUUUGUAUGUUUCCCUGUUAUUUUGACUAUUUUUACGUUAUUAUAACAAUGUUAUUAACGUAAUGUAACGUUAUUAUAACAAAGUUAUUAACAUAAUGUAAUGUUAUUAUAACAAAGUUAUUAACGUAAUGUAACGUUAUUAUAACAAAGCUAUUAACGUAAUAUACCAUUAUUAUAACAAAGCUAUUAACGUAAUAUACCAUUAUUAUAACAAAGUUAUUAACGUAAUAUAACAGUCUGUUAGCAGACACAAGAAGCACUUGUCAGUGUGAAAGCUCCGGUUUGGACAAGUCUGGAGGUCGGGUCUCAGUUAAGCUGUAGACUAGAGAAUGCUUGACAUUGGCUCAAACCAUUAGACUUGUAACCAUGUAGCAGUACAAACUCAUCAUAGUGUUUGUUCGUUCAAUAGUCUUUCCAAUCGGGCGAUGAACUAGUGUUGUUGUCCAUUGUGGAUUGAGAGAAACCUGAAGGAAACUCAGGAAUAAAUACUUUUACUAUGAUAUGUCAAGUUCCAGUACGUUACAGAACAGCAUUACGAAAAGAGUUACUAUAACUAUGUUGAUUUGUAAAUUUAUUACUAAAACAUGUGCGUACAUGUAAAUAAUUUGUCUUAAUAAAUUAUUAAAAGGACUUUGGAAUUCUCCAAUUUCCGCAAUACCCAAAAAUCACAAAAGAGAGCAAAAAACACCUGAAUUCAUUUGAACUUGAUUCCCAAAAGCUGAACUUGAAAAAGAUCUCAAAAUUAAAUCGUACAGCAUAUAGGCCUUAGAAGAAAUAAGGUUUUAUAAAAUUCUUAUAAAAAUGUGUGGUUACUUCUACGAAUUGAAAUUUUUUUGUUUUAUUGAAAGUAAUGUAUAAUUUAGAAGUAUUAUUUCUGAUCGGCUUCUUUGGACAACUGCUAAAACGUUAUAAAAAUUACUAUUUUAUACGUAAGGAUAACCAUAACAUGCUAUUUAUUUUUUUAUUUCUGAAUUUUUAUCACACUAUGUGUACUUUCCUUACCAAUUAUAUAAACAAUUAUUGCCUAAUAGUUAGUCAUGCACUAAACUAUUUUACAAUUACCUUCAAAAAAUUUAUAUUUUGUUUAUUUAAUCAUCGUUAAAUAGUACCUUUUCAUUUUUGACAAAAAUAAAUAGAAGUUAUUUGUUUAUUUUCAAAUUCAGCUUGUUUACUUAUUUGUGACACUGUGAAUAGUAUAAUGAACUUUUAUUUAGAAAAAUAACAUUUAUCAUAUUUUAAUAAUCGAUUACCGGUACAUGUAUAAAUAACCAUAUACUGUAUAUAAAACAAAAAAUAAAUUAUUUGUUUUUUUAUUAUUGCUGUGCUUGGUCAGAGUUAAUUAGCCAUAUUACUAAGGAUGAUUGAGCCAACAUAUUGAUAUGAGAAUCCAUCUCAACAAUUAAUUUUUACUAAUAGGUUUCAAAUUAAACAUUUUAUUAAAACAUCAAAUAUAGUUUAUAAAUUUAUAAACUAUACUUAAUACUAUACUUGGAGUUUGGUACAGCUCAUUUAAAUACCUAUAAAACUAAAGUAUUGGAAUAUUUUCCUACGGGAGAUGAUAAGAAAAUGAACAACAAUACUAGAUCUGCCCUUUGUAAAUACUAAUUCUCUUGUUCAAUAUACACCAGUCACUGUACUAUCCGUAGUUUAGAAUAAUUUUUCAUAUUUUCACAUCUCUGAUAAGCCACUAUAUAAAAAAUAUACAUUUUAACUAUUAUAGUGAAUUACAAUGAGGUAGGUAGGUCGAGGGACACUUUGAAUAUUCAAACGUAGCACAAUCUAUUGUUUGUAAAGUUUUCUUUUUGGUAGCUCACAAGUGAAAAAAUAUUCGUAUUAUUUGUUACUUUGGUAAAAUGGAGUAAUGUUUUUAUUACUAUUAGAUAUUACCUUAGCGAAUUCAGGUUGCAUUCCUUUUGGCGUUUUGCUUAACGAUUGUCUCCAAUGAAAUUUGUGCUCAUAGUACAACCAUCUGUCUGAAAUACAAGACUGUUUCGUUUGUAUUUUGUUUUCAUGGUAUCUCUAAGGUUUAAUCGAAGUUUCCGAAAUGUGUUUUGUUAUUCUUGAAAAAAGUUGUUACAGUUUUACCUUGUUUGUUUAACGAUAAGUAAAAAGAGAUAAUUAGUGUAAAUUGAAAAUAAAAUUACCUUAAUUAUCUCUUUUUACUCGUUUUUAGUGACUUGUUUUCAUUGUUAGCUCUGGUGUCAGGUAGUUGGUAGAAUUUUCCGUUUUAGUUGCCAUUUGUGAAUGUUUUUAAAUGUUUUGUUUGACAUCAAAAUAGAUUUCAAGUACUUUUUUCUCGGUCUAUUAACGCUUCCCCUGUUGCAUGUAAAUUCUUGUGAUUUUCCUGUAAAAAUUUAGACAUUUCAAUAUUAAAAAAUUUGCUACUCAAUUUAAACACAUUUUGAUGUCUUUUAUAAAAUGUACAACUCAAUAAUUUAGUGUUAAAACUUUAUAGUGACAUAACAUCACGUAGGAGGAUGUAGCAGUUUCAAAUCGGUCGUAAAUGUUUUCCUUAAGGAAUAUCCUAGCAAUCAUCACUGUCAAAUUGAAUCUAAUAUAUUUAAGAGAAACAUGCUUUUUUACCUCUUUUUAAGAUUAUUUCUCUAAAUUUGUACAAAUGUUAAUAAUUAGUUUAAAAUAUUCCCUUUGUUUCUUUUACAAUCAAAUCGCUAAGUUUAGAGAUUGAAAUUGAAUUUGUUAAAUUAAAUUGAUUGUUUACACUGAUUGUAAUGGCUCAUUUAAAACUUUUGUCUAAAGUGUUCAUAUUGAUGUUUUUCUCAGUCAGAACAAAGAAUUACAGUAUGUGAAGCAAAGUCGCAUAAGUAGAUUCAGAUCGGCGCCUUGCUCCUUAGAGAAUCCUCCGUCAUACUAACACCAACGUUGUCAUUACGUUACACUUACGUCACAUUAUAUCUGCUAUUUUAUCGUGCACUUGUAUCUCUGUGUGUUGCAAUAUAGGGCUGUGAGGAAAAACAUUGUUUUCAUUUUUUUAAUAUUGUAUUAACAGUUUACUACGAAUAAUGUGAAAAUAAAAUAUUAGCGUUUAAUAUUUUAAAAUAUCAAUAUUAUUUUUCUUAGCCGAACUUUUGUUUUCUGUUAUUACAUUGUUAAGAUUGUUAUGUAAUUGAUGUAGCCUAUUUUCAUCAUUAGAUUUCCCUGUCCUGUGCCAGAUAAUUACCUUUAAAAGGUCGUCUUGUACAUAAUUAUAAUUCCGCUUAAAAUUUCCAGUUCGAUUUCACUGUCUCACAUAUUAUCCUACGUUUAUUUGCAUAUUCUCUACAAUGUAAAAUAUAGUUUCAAACACUUAUAAAAAAUGUUUUGAUAUUUUGCUUAAGAUUUUAUUCAUAGCAACAUAGAACUGUGGUGGUCAAAUCGACAUUUAAAUGUUUUUAUGUUUGUGACUUUUAAUAAGGCAUUUACUCAUGUGUUUAAAGAUCUCCUAAUACCGAUUUAGAUAGUACAAAAUAAGUACUUAAUUGAUUUUCUCCAGUCUGAUUAAGUUUAAUGUACGCCUAGUUUAGUGGCGAAGUGACUAUUAAUGUUCUGUCUCGUUUCUACCAGAUAGUAUGUUAGCAGUGAGUUUUAUAUUGCCUUGGAUCAGGGCUUUCAUGUUUAUGUGAAUUCGUAGAUUUUGUAUUGCGGUAACUCUUUGUUAUGUGUAGAGAAUUUUGGCAAAAAUAAACACGAACUAGUGCUACCUAUCUAUUCUACAGUAGAUUCUUGUCGGUUGGUGUAGUUUUGUUAAAAUACUUAAUAAUAUGCUUUGAUUUAGUAAAUAAGUAAUCAACAUUUUAAAGACAAACAAAUAUGGUAAUUAUGAUGUAAAUUUAUUGGAAGUUCUCUGAAUUUAAACAUACUUUUUCAAGUUAUAAUAUUUUUCAGAAGACUAGAAUUUUACCUUGAAAUUAUAAUCGUACUGAAAUUAUUGUUGUAUUAAUGUAUUUAAAACUUUAUUUAUGGCAUUUUGGAUCCGUAAUAAAGUUACAAAGCAGUUUAUAAAAAGUCUAGUUUUUUGCGAUAGUUUCAUUAAGUCCACUCCCGUCCCAUUUUACUUAGUCUUUAGUAGGCCUAUCUUACAAUUACAUAUUUAAUUUAGCUUUGCUGACGCUUGCUCAUAAACAUAACACCAAUAUAACAAUAUUAUAGUUAAAUGUGUUUAAUGUACGCUAGAUGUAUUUUAUAAUGACACUUGUAUGUGUUUAUUGUGUUCAGAUUUAAUUUUUACAAUAUAUUAUAUAUAUAUAUAUAUACAUAUAAAUAGUCACUUUACUUCUCUCCUAGUAGUGUGUAAAAUAUGACGGUGAUAGUAGCAUCGAGAUAUUCAAAAGUUUUCCGUACUUAAUUCUUUUUAGUUUUGUAUAGUUCAUUGUCUGUUAUUAAAAGCUUUGUUUUAAAACAACUGACUAUACGUUUCCGAGACUGAACACUAAUAUGCUGAUGCGUCCAAGUUCGCAGCAAAACUACACUAACUGACACCUAACCAGCUGAUUAUAAUGUCUAGCCUACCCCAUUAUAAAAGACAUGCUUUUCUUAAGCACAGGCCUAAGUAAUAGUGCAAUGCUCUUAUCAUCUCAAUUAUUUGUAUGUUAUAUGAUAAUACAUUGUUAAGCUUCUAUCUGCUAAAUUGUUAUGUACACAGUUUUAACUAUUUGUAAAUACUUUUUAUAUUUGUCUUUCACGUCCCCUUGCACAAUACUCCCUUGUACGUAUACGUUCAAGUGUUCACAUUUCCGAGUCAACGCAAUUGUCACAUCAUUUGGUCUAAAAAAAAAAAAACACAAUGAAAACCCUUUGCAUUAUAUAAUUUGGUGAAUUUUACUUUUGGAUAUUUUAGAUCGUUAGCCUAUUAACUAGUUUUUUUUUUUAUUGAUAACAGUAAUCUGUGUGAUUACAUGCUUUCAAUUCAGUUUAUAUUAAAUGUUAUUAAUUUUUUGUGUUAUUUAUUUGAUAUUAAUGCACUUUGUUGUCCUGUUAGUGGUAAAUAACAUUAUAAAUACAUAAAUAAACAACUUACAAAAUAAACCACUUUCAUUUUGUUUUCUUUUUUAAGUAUUGCAUCUUAGUAAUAGUUAUUGUUGUUUACCUUCUCUGUUUGAAUGUUUGUUAAUAUUGUGUGUAAAUUUUAUUUUUUGUUUUGUCAGUGUAUUUAAAUGUUAAAAUUCCAGUUGUUUUACUUAGCGCUAUAUAUAAUUAUAUUUUUCAUUACUUUCUAAAUGUUAUUGAUAAUAAAUUUUAUUUUUACUAUAUUUAUUCCCAAUGUGAGUGAUUAAUUAUGAAUACUUAUAGUGAAACACUCACUAUAACCAAUUGUUAUACAUUUAUAUGUUAUUUUGUAAUAUCGAUACCUCUUAAAGCCUACUUUAAACAAAUUACCCGUUAAAAAGAAUAAGCAACCAGAUUGGUGUGGCGGUCGUGUUGACAAUUGUUACUUAGCGUUAGGAACGUUACCAUCUCAACCUGCUUAGCUUGUUUAAUAUAAUAUAUAUUAUACAUUGUUAUUAUUAUAAUCAUUGCCUAUAGAUAUAUUUUUCAACAUUAGAUAAGAAACAAUUCCCUAGUCAAUAUGGACUAUUUUUAAUCAAUAAAUGACUUGUACUUAUGAUGGUCACUAGUUUUACAAUCCUCACCUUUUAUAUCCUGUGCUUCAAGUCAGUUGCCAUCAUUUGUUACUAUUACAUUCAUUAUAACAAGUA